ACCCGCGCUGCUGCCUCCGCUGAAGGAGGAGCAAAGCUCAAGAUGGCCGACAAAACGCCAGGCGGAUCGCAGAAGGCCAGUUCAAAGAGCCGAUCAUCGGAAGUACAUUCAUCUGGGUCUUCAGAUGCGCAUAUGGAUGCAUCUGGACCCUCAGAUAGUGAUAUGCCAAGUCGAACACGACCUAAAAGCCCAAGAAAACACAAUUAUAGGAAUGAAAGUGCCCGUGAAAGCCUUUGUGAUUCUCCUCAUCAGAAUCUCUCAAGACCUCUUCUAGAAAACAAGCUUAAAGCAUUCAGUAUUGGAAAAAUGAGCACAGCAAAGCGAACUCUAAGUAAAAAAGAACAAGAGGAGCUGAAGAAAAAGGAGGAUGAAAAGGCAGCUGCUGAAAUUUAUGAGGAAUUUCUUGCUGCUUUUGAAGGAAGUGAUGGUAAUAAAGUGAAAACAUUUGUUCGAGGCGGGGUUGUUAAUGCAGCUAAAGAUGAACAUGAAACAGAUGAAAAAAGAGGUAAAAUUUAUAAGCCAUCUUCAAGAUUUGCAGAUCAGAAAAAUCCUCCAAAUCAGUCAUCUAAUGAAAGGCCGCCAUCUCUUCUUGUGAUUGAAACGAAAAAACCUCCACUGAAGAAAGGGGAGAAAGAAAAGAAAAAAAGCAAUUUGGAACUUUUCAAAGAGGAACUAAAACAAAUUCAGGAAGAACGUGAUGAGAGACAUAAAACAAAAGGCAGGUUAAGUCGAUUUGAGCCUCCUCAGUCAGAUUCUGAUGGUCAGCGACGUUCUAUGGAUGUGCCUUCAAGAAGAAAUCGAUCAUCUGGUGUUCUUGAUGACUAUGCACCUGGCUCACAUGAUGUAGGAGAUCCAAGUACCACUAAUUUAUACCUUGGAAACAUUAAUCCACAGAUGAAUGAAGAAAUGCUGUGUCAAGAAUUUGGAAGAUUUGGACCAUUAGCUAGUGUAAAAAUUAUGUGGCCUAGAACUGAUGAAGAACGAGCAAGAGAAAGAAAUUGUGGCUUUGUGGCUUUUAUGAAUAGAAGAGAUGCUGAAAGAGCUCUGAAAAAUUUAAAUGGAAAAAUGAUUAUGUCUUUUGAAAUGAAGUUAGGUUGGGGUAAAGCUGUACCUAUUCCUCCACAUCCAAUAUACAUUCCGCCUUCUAUGAUGGAACACACACUCCCCCCACCUCCAUCCGGACUGCCUUUUAAUGCGCAGCCUAGAGAGCGGUUAAAAAACCCCAAUGCUCCCAUGUUACCACCACCUAAAAACAAGGAGGAUUUUGAGAAGACUCUGUCGCAAGCCAUAGUCAAAGUGGUUAUCCCAACAGAAAGGAAUUUGCUCGCCCUGAUACACCGAAUGAUAGAAUUUGUUGUGCGUGAAGGGCCAAUGUUUGAAGCUAUGAUUAUGAACAGAGAAAUCAACAAUCCUAUGUUCAGGUUCUUAUUUGAAAACCAGACACCAGCCCAUGUCUACUACAGGUGGAAGCUUUAUUCUAUUCUGCAGGGAGAUUCUCCAACUAAAUGGCGGACAGAAGAUUUUCGUAUGUUCAAAAAUGGAUCUUUUUGGAGGCCACCACCAUUAAAUCCAUACCUUCAUGGGAUGUCAGAAGAGCAAGAGGCGGAGGCCUUUGUGGAAGAGCCCAGUAAAAAGGGAGCACUCAAGGAAGAACAGCGGGAUAAAUUAGAAGAAAUCUUGCGAGGAUUAACGCCAAGGAAAAAUGAUAUUGGAGAUGCCAUGGUUUUCUGUCUUAAUAACGCUGAAGCUGCUGAAGAAAUAGUGGAUUGCAUUACUGAGUCGUUGUCUAUCUUAAAGACACCUCUUCCCAAGAAGAUUGCCAGAUUAUAUUUGGUGUCUGAUGUUUUGUACAACUCUUCAGCCAAAGUUGCCAAUGCUUCAUAUUACAGGAAAUUUUUUGAAACAAAGCUAUGUCAGAUAUUUUCAGACCUCAAUGCUACUUACCGUACAAUUCAAGGCCAUUUACAAUCUGAAAAUUUUAAGCAACGGGUAAUGACCUGCUUCAGAGCAUGGGAAGACUGGGCAAUCUAUCCAGAACCAUUUCUGAUCAAACUUCAAAAUAUUUUCUUAGGACUUGUAAAUAUCAUUGAAGAAAAGGAAACAGAGGAUGUGCCAGAUGAUCUUGAUGGUGCUCCCAUUGAGGAAGAGCUUGAUGGUGCACCUCUGGAAGAUGUGGAUGGAAUUCCCAUUGACGCCACUCCCAUUGAUGAUCUCGAUGGAGUCCCUAUAAAAAGUCUUGAUGAUGAUCUGGAUGGAGUGCCUUUGGAUGCAACUGAAGACUCAAAGAAGAAUGAACCCAUAUUUAAAGUAGCCCCGUCAAAAUGGGAGGCUGUAGAUGAAUCUGAAUUGGAAGCACAAGCUGUAACAACUUCUAAGUGGGAGCUAUUUGACCAGCACGAUGAAUCAGAAGAGGAAGAAAACCAAAAUCAAGAGGAAGACAGUGAAGAUGAAGAGGACACUCAGAGUUCCAAGUCGGAAGAACAUCAUUUAUACUCUAACCCAGUCAGAGAAGAGAUGACCGAGUCUAAGUUCUCCAAGUACUCGGAAAUGAGUGAAGAGAAGCGGGCUAAGCUUCGUGAGAUUGAGCUCAAAGUUAUGAAGUUUCAAGAUGAAUUGGAAUCUGGAAAGAGACCUAAAAAACCAGGCCAAAGCUUCCAGGAACAAGUGGAGCACUACAGAGAUAAACUGCUACAGCGAGAGAAGGAGAAAGAAUUAGAAAGAGAACGAGAAAGAGACAAAAAAGAUAAAGAAAAAUUGGAAUCCCGAUCCAAAGACAAGAAGGAGAAAGAUGAAUGUACUCCAACAAGAAAAGAAAGGAAAAGACGACACAGUACUUCUCCCAGCCCAUCUCGAAGUAGCAGUGGUAGGCGAGUGAAAUCCCCAUCACCAAAAUCAGAACGUUCAGAACGGUCAGAAAGAUCUCAUAAAGAAAGCUCACGGUCCAGGUCAUCUCACAAGGAUUCUCCUAGAGAUGCUAGUAAGAAAGCCAAAAGGUCGCCUUCUGGUUCAAGGACGCCUAAAAGGUCUAGGCGGUCUAGGUCUAGGUCGCCUAAGAAAUCAGGGAAGAAAUCCAGAUCCCAGUCCCGGUCUCCACACAGGUCUCAUAAAAAGUCAAAGAAAAACAAACAUUGACAUAUAUUUUUAAGAUGCUGUCACUUAUUGGAAAUGCAAGUUUGUUUUGUGCCUGAAUGGUCUGUUUGGUUUUUUUUUGUUUGUUUGUUUGUUUUUGUUUUUUGUUUUUUUUUUUAAAUAAAAACACACACACACAAACAUAAUUCUAAUGAAAGAGCAUUCCUGGGGUUUUUGUUUGUUUGUUUGUUUGUGAAUGCAUGUGUAAACUCAUGAGUAACUGCAUCUGUAGACCUGUCAUUGUUUUAUAUUGUAUAAAUUACUUUUGUUGUGGCUGUUUCUCAAGAUGAAAUUUUUAUUGUGCUAAUGAAUUUCAUCAGAAAUGUGUACAAUGGAUCUGCUGGCAGUAGUAGUAUUUUGUUUUAGGAUGUUGUGACUUAGACACAUAAUACAGAUGUCUUCCCCUCUUUUGUAGCUUUGACAAUUUGAAUUAGAUUUCAAAUAAAAUCUGAACAGAAAACUA